CGGAGUUAAGCGUUUAGAUUUAAAAUUAAUUGACAUAACAAAAUCUUACAUGAACUUCUCUAUGUGACUUGAGCUUUUCUAUCUGUUCUUUGGCAGCAGUCAUCUAUGAACAUAUCAGACCUGUAUGGAAUGAUAUUUUUCUUUUAAAAAAACGGAUGGAAGAAAAACCUCAGAUGGAGUUUCCUCUUGCAAAAGACAAUGCAAUUGUAUGUCAUCUUAUAUGGUGUUGACUUCUGUAACAAAAAAGCAGAGUAUGUUUGAGAUGGCAACUAGCUAAUGCACAGUCAUGCAAUAUACGAAGAAGCAAAAUUUGAGGUCAGUAACUUUUGGUUAAGAAACUAUCCUAAUCAGUAAUUAGUUUCCAGCUUAUAAUCAAUUGAGUGUAAUUUGAGCCUAAACAGGAAAAGAAUAUCAGAACUUGUAAAAUAGCUGGCUGAAGUCUCAAGAUGACAGCCUAGAGGACGUUUAGUAAUAUUAUCUGUCAAAGGAAGUGAAGAAGUGGAUGGUGCAAUUGAUCUAGUUUUGUUGCAUGAAGAAGCAGAAACAAAAUGACCAGAAGGCCAAGGUGCUGCAACAUUGUCAUUGAGAUCGCUGAUGGGACUUCUUUAUUCUGCGUUCUAGAGGUUCUGCAUUUUCCGUUUAUCAGCUGGGCCAGAUGCUGUGUGACAACUGCAAAAUUUUCAAUCAAUCUCAAAGGCGUUCUGGUCGGUGAUUUUUCAAGCAGUAAAGGGUUGAGACCGGGGGAUCCCAUCUCCCCUUACCUAUUUCUUAUUGUCAUGGAGGUGUUCUCUCAGUUGUUUGAUGAUUACAUCACUGCAGAUGCAUGUGAUUUUUAUCCUAGAUGUGCUGAGCUUGGGAUUUCACAUAUUUCCUUUGCAGAUGAUCUAUUUGUUAUGGCCUCUGCUGCUCCUAAAUCAUUCGAAUGAUUAAGAAGACCAUAGCAGAAUUUUCAGACAUGCCUGUCCUUAUUCCAAACCUGUCUAAAUCUGAAAUAUUUUUAGCUGGAGUGGGGGAGGAGCUUCAGAAGAGGAUUGGUGAAGAUCUGGCUAUACGUAUUGUAACUCUAGCUGUAAAGUAAUUGGGGGUCCCCCUUAUUUCUACUAGAUUAACUAUGCAGGAGUGUCAACCUUUCUUGACAAAAUGAUGGAAAGAAUCCAGAACUGGGCAGUCAGGAAGCCAUCUUAUGGAGGAAGACUCACUCUUAUUAGAACUGUGCUUAACAGCAUAUUUGUAAACUGGGGCAGUAUAUUCAUAUUAUCCUCUGCUUUUGUAAAGAAAUUAGAGAGCUUGCUGAAUUCUUUUUUAUGGUCAGGUUUUGAGCUCAAGCAUUCUAAAACUAAAGUUGGCUGGAGGGAAUCCUGUCUACCAUUGAAGAAGGUGGUUUGGAAUAAAGCCUUGGUGCUCAGGCACAAUUGGGAUAUCUUUCACAAGAAAGAUUCCCUAGGGAUAAGGUUGGUUCAUAUACAUGCAUGCUGAGGGAUUAUUCUUUUUGGGCUAUUGACGCUUAGGCUUGUGGCUUUUGGAAUUGGACCGAACUGCUGAAGUUAAGACCUGUAGCUAGACAGUGUAUACAAAUGAUUGUUGGCAAUGGAAGAAAUAUGUACUUGUGGCAUGAUUGGUGGAAUCCUUAGGGGCUUCUCUUACUGACUUAUUCCAUGUGUAUCGUGCAGUUAUUUAGCUGUAUCCAGCAAGCUAAGGUUGAUAGUAUCAUCCACAGUGGAUGGUUAGAAAUGGUUCAGAUGAAUCCUAUGAAUGUUCAGUGAGAAAAAUAGCUUUUGCUGCUGUUGUUUAUGAGCUGUGGCAUUAUAGGAAUUUAAAGGUAUUCCUGAAUAUCCUAUUCCCACCUGCUAUGAUUACUGAAAGAAUUAUGGCUGAUAUGGGGGCUGGAUGGGAGAUUUCAAAGGCUAAUUCUAAUGACUGCAUUAUGCUCGGCCACAGUCCAUGUUUGUUAAUGGAAUAUAUACUCUGGCACUUGUACAGACUGUUUUUCUUAACAUUUCCUGCAAUUGUGUACGCCUACUUCUGAUAUCAAUAAAAUAAGGGCACUUACAAAAGGGGGAAAAAAGCCAAAUUCUGUAGA